GUCAGGGCCACUAACCACUACGCCAUUCGACCGUCGCCCAUAUAUCUCUCCAGCGGGCAGGUGUCUAGUACUACACGCUCCCGGCACGUGUGUCCCACCUGCGGGGCCUCCUUCGUGAGCCAGUUCGGACUGCGCCAGCAUCGCCGCGCCAAGCAUCUCGAGGAGCUCCUAACCCCCGCGACGCCGUCACUACCAGACAAGACAGCGGAAUCGUACUGCGCCCGCUGCGACAUCGUGUUCAAGUCGGCGGCCGCCUACCGCGAGCACGAGAACAACUCCGAGAUGCAUGUGGAUGAUAACGAAACGGAGGUGAAUCUGAAGGUGAAGCCGAAGCUUUAUAAAGCCGGCAUGAGUCCCGCUACCGACAAGAAACACUUCCGCUGCGAUCAGUGUGACGAGAUAUUCGUGUCCAAGGCGGCGUGUGAGAAGCACCGCGGCAAGACGCAUGGCGCGGCGCCGGACCACCAGAAGAGGUACAUCUGCGAGAUAUGCGGCGCCUCGCUUGCUCCGGGCAGCAUCAAGGACCACAAGAACCGGCACGCGCAGGAGCGCCUGUUCCCCUGCGCCACCUGCGGGAAGGUCUUCAAGUCAGCCCCGAAUAGGUCACGGCAUAUGAGGACCCACACGGGCGAGAAGCCGUACGCGUGUAAACUGUGCGACAAGAGGUUCACGCAGCGACAGAACGCGCAGCUCCACCACCGCAAGUACCACGGGAAGGCUAUUGUGAAGCGGACGGAGAGGGCUGUUUGAAAGGAAGAGGAGUGUGUUGUGUGCCAUUUAUAUGUAUAAUGCUGACAC